AAAACUCAAAACCAAAAGUCAAAACAAUGAAAAAAAAAACAAAAUUGUCAAUAAAAUUUGGUGUUAUUUUGCGAUAAUUGUUGUUUGAUAGUGAAUUUAAUAUUCGCUAACUUCAUAUUACCAAUGUCUAUCUCAUAAUAACAUCUAAUGUUUUAGUGUAACAGUGGGUAGGGACGAUUUAUAAUGUCUCACAUAUUAGACUUCAACAAAAUAUGCCGCGCUUGUUUAUCAGAUUCAGGGCCUCUCAAGGAUUUGUUUACAGCUUGUUCUUCCGGAGUGUUCAAGUAUUGUACUUCUGUCGAGAUUGCAGCCACUGAUCCUCUGCCGAAGCUGAUAUGUCAGGCAUGUCUGGACUUGUUGAACAAGCUGUAUUACUUCAAGCAAGUGGUUGUGAGAUCCAAUGUUAUAUUGAAGCAGCAAUGCAGGUUAAAGAACAUUCAAACAAAAAUAGACCAUCCAACUAUGGAAGGGAAUGAGAUUGUGGAGGUGAACAUCACUGAGAUGAAUGAAGAACUGAACAACAGCACCAGUGAAUGUAUGGAGAAUGCAGAUAAAUCUGAGAAGCCCUCAGUUGAUGCGAUACUCAUCAGUCAGAUCCUGCAGAGGCGACGGCGGCGCGGGCCCGGCCGCCCGCCCAAGGACCCCGACGGGCCCAAGAGGCGGCGCGAGCGGAUGAAGUGCAUGAAGUGCGGGAAGAGCUUCCAGAAAUAUGAGAACUUCGAAGCUCAUAUGCGCGGUCACUUUGGAAAGAAGCCCGACAUACAGUGCGCGCACUGCGACAAGACGUUCAUGUCACUGCGCAGCCUGAGCAGCCACGCGCGCAUCCACUCCGCGGUACGCAAAUACCAAUGCCUCGCGUGCGGCAAGAGCUUCGCCUACCUCAACGUGCUCAAAAACCACGAGCUCAUCCACAGCGGCGAGCGCAAGCACCAGUGCCACCUGUGCGACGCCAAGUUUGUGCAGGCUUACAACCUCAAGGUGCACAUAGAGACGCACAGCAACCAGAAGAACUACAGCUGUUCGCAGUGCGGCAAGAAGUUCGCGCAGCCCGGCAACCUCAAGAUACACCUCAUCCGCCACACCGGCAUCAAGAACUACGCCUGCACCAUGUGCGACAUGAGGUUCUACAUCAAGGCCGACCUCGUAAAGCACAUGCGGUCGCACUCAGCAGACAAGCCAUUCUCCUGCCAACUAUGUGACAAGACCUUCAAGAGCAGAAGUUUCCUCGCUAUACACAUGAGGACGCACACAGGCGAAAGACCGUACGCCUGCGAUCUGUGCCCAAAGAGGUUCAUGGCGAGGAAGGACCUCCGCAACCACAGAAUGAUCCACACGGGAGAGAAGCCGCACAAAUGCCAGCUGUGCAACCAGGCCUUCAUACAGAAGUGCGCCUUGAACAGACACAUGAAAGGUCACGGGAAGACCAACGACGAGACCCAGAGUCUCAUACGACCACAGUUGCCGCCUGUCAACAAUACACCACCGAUACCCAUGGCGUAUGCGCAGUGGCAUACAAACUGAUACACAUACUGUAUGUAAAGGAGAUGGUCCAUUUCAGGUUUUUUAUUUUGACGGUCUCCGUGGCGCAGUGGUAUGCGCGGUGGAUUUACAAACCGGAGGUCCUGGGUUCGAUCCCCGGCUGGGUCGAUUGAGAUUUUCUACCGACAAAGACGUACCGCCAAGCGAUUUAGCGUUCCGGUACGAUGUCGUGUAGUAACCGAAAAGUCCACUCUUGUACCCCAUAUCAUUAAAAUUUAAAAACAUACAAGGAUCUUGUUAAAAUUUAUUAAAGUGAUUAAAUGAAUAAAUGUAACUAAAUAAAAAGAAAUAAAUCAAUUAAAACCCAAGAUAUAUCAAGUUGGCGCCUAUAGAGCAACAAUGAUAUGACAAUUGACAGCAAACGUCAAAUCGAUUACUGCAUUGAAAACGUCAUCAAUUCGCCAUUAUUAUCCAUAUUAAUGUUGCAUUUCUUGGGAGACAUUAAAUAUUAUUUCGAAAGAAUUAAAGUAAUUUCGUAGAUUUGUAUAAUCAAAAAUAGUUUGAAAAAAUAUUUUCUUUUAUUUCCGCUAGGGUACAAUGACCUGACCUGACCGGACCUGGGCUCCAUACAAUUUUGGACCAUCUCCUUUAUUAUUAUUAUAUUUAGGGGACACACCCUUAGAGAGUUGUUCCAUAUAUCUACUGUACUCUCUGCCUUCUGGCUCCAUUAGGCGAUGCUUCUCGCGUUAAUCCCUCGGUGACACCUCUGAGGUCCCAUUAAGGAGCCUAC